UUUCAGGGUCUACGUCUUUGUAUUGAUUUGGCUGUCCAAGGGGGAGGGCGGAACAUAUUUUUGGUGUUUUGUCUUGUUUUGGCGGUCCCCGUUCGUAGACUUAUCACAGAAAGCGGCGAAAUUUCCCAACACCUGCGCGUCGUCUGAUACGAAUGAGGCCCAAGCUGGAUGAUGCACCAUGUGCCUCUCUCUCUCUCUCUCGUGAUGCACUUCAUUCACCAGCUUGCCGUUUCCGCGCUCUCCGUCCUUGCCUUGCCCUCGUCUUCGCCCCCGUCUGGAAAUUCACUGCUUUUCUGGUUCAAAGAGAUGGGGAGAAGGAAAGAAAUGAAAUAAAAGGAAAUUCGUUACAUGUCAUGGUCAUCCAUAAAAAGAACACAAAACAAUCCGAGGAAAAGAAAUGACAGAUGAACGGAGGCAUCCCCCGAGCUGCGCCUUUUUACAGAGCUAAGCCCAUUCGCAAUCCCUCCCUCUCCAUAAAGGAAG